CAUUUUGAUUUAUGUGUGUGUCUAUAUAUAUAUAUAUAUAUUGAAGGGUAUUGUCUACACGACAGCUCGUGUACGAAGAACAUUAUAUAACUUGCCUCUCUCAUUCCAUUUCUUCUUUCAAUGUUUACUUUUGUUAUCUAACUCAAUUUCAAAGCGUAGUCAAGAAAGUCAGUAUUUGGUUUAUGCGGAGAACUCUAAGCCUAUUUUGGUAUAAGGCCAGUCCAUAUAAUUAUCUACGCACAAUCAUCCAGAUAUUGGAACAGUGUUCCCUACAAAUGUCAGUAACAAAACAAUGUAGUCAUGGUUGGUUGACAAUUAAACAAAAUACCAUCACUGCGUCUGAAGACGAAAUGAAGUGCUGAGAAGGGAAGCUAGUUAGCACGCAAGCAUGGCCUCUGCUGCAGUAGAACUUUUGAUCGGCAAGAUAGUUUCCGUCAUUGAGAACGAAGCAUCGUUGAUUGAAGGAGUUCAUGAUGAACUCAACGACCUCAAGAAUGAGUUACACUGGAUGAGUUCCUUUCUGCAGGAUACUAAUAAAAAGAGAGCUAUGACAGAAGUAGAGAAAUCCUGGGCGGAAGAUGUGAGAGGCAUGACCUACAGAGUUGAAAACGUCAUAGAUGAGUAUAUGUAUCACUUGAACCAGCAACAAGGUCGGGGUAAAUUAAAAAGAAUCUUCGAUGAUACUAUUGGCAUUCCAAAGAAUCUCGGGGUGAAGCGCCAAAUAGCCACUGAGUUACAGAAUAUCAAGAGAAUGAUGAAGGAGAUUCCCGAAAGAAAACAACGUUACAGUGUUGUCGAUCCUACGGAAGAAACAAGCUCACAUGACGAUCAGAAAUGGAUGCAAAACCAGGCUGAAUCUGCUCUCUUCUUUAAGGAUGAGGAUCUAGUCGGGAUUGAAGCUGAUAGACAAAAAUUAGUCAGAUGGUUGACGGAUGGCGAACCACAACGCACUGUUAUUUCAGUAGUGGGAAUGGGCGGUUCAGGCAAGUCCACCCUUGUUGCCAACGCCUACAACCAUGGAAAUGUCAAGCGAAUUUUUCAUUGCUAUGCUUGGAUCACUGUCUCACAAACUUACGACAUUGAGGACUUACUUGGGCGCAUGAUUAAGGAGUUCUUCAACACAUCACAGGAAGCAGUUCCAGAGGACUUGAGCAACAUGGAAUACAAACACCUGGUCGAGCAUCUGUCAAAAUACUUACAGCCAAGAAAGUAUGUAGUUGUUCUGGAUGAUGUAUGGGACGGUGAUGUAUGGAAGUUCAUAAAAUAUUCACUUCCAGAUGAAGGACUUGGAAGUCGUGUUUUGGUUACAACUCGGAGAGAAGAUAUAGCUUCAUCUUUUUCUGAAGUUAAAAGCUACGUCCACCAUCUUAAACCGCUACGAAUGACGGAUGCGUGGCACCUCUUUUGCAUGAAAGCAUUCUCAAGCAAUCCCAACAACAAUUGUCCUCAAGGACUCGACAACUUAGCUCGGGGCCUCGUCAAAAAAUGUGAUGGUUUACCUUUAGCAAUUGUGGCUUUGGGUGGUGUCAUGUUUUCCAAAAAAUUAGAAUGGGAGUGGAAACAAGCUUAUGAUGGCUUAAACAACUCUAUGUUGAGCAACAACACUGAGUUAGAAAGAGUGAAAAACAUCUUGCAGCUUAGCUUCAAUGAUUUGUCUUACCGGCUUAAGUGUUGCUUCUUAUAUUGUAGUCUUUUUCCUGAAGACUAUCUGAUCAAGAGAAAGCGGCUCAUUAGACUUUGGAUGGCAGAAGGGUUUAUAGAAAAGGUGAAGAAGACAACACCUGAGGAUGUAUCAGAGAAUUAUCUUAUGUCACUCAUUAACCGAAGCCUGCUUCAAGUUGUGGAGAGGAAUCCAACGGGAAGGCCAAGAAGAUUUAAGAUGCACGAUCUUAUGCGGGAGCUUGCUAUAUCGGUAUCAGAAAAAGAGAAGUUUUGCACAGUACUCCAUGAUGGUAGUACAAGUACUGAUGACAGUGAUAAAGAAGAGAACGGAGUGCGUCGGUUGUCAAUCAAACAAGGUGACAGAGAACUACUUAAAUCAUGGAAGUGUAUGUCUCAUCUUCGCUCUCUUUUUGUUUUUGUUGUUAAUGCGAUUUCUCCAUCUUUGAGUACUACAUUGCCAUCUGGCUUAAGACUACUAAGAGUCUUAGAUCUGGAAGACGCACCGAUUGUGAAAUUGCCAGAUGAACUAGUUCAUCUUUACAAUUUGAGAUAUUUGAACUUGAGAAGAACUAAGGUGAAGGAACUUCCAAAGUCCAUUGGAAGACUCCACAAUCUUCAAACCUUAGACUUGAGAGAUUCAGAGAUAGAAGUGCUUCCAUCUGAAAUUACCAAGUUACAGAAUUUGCGGCAUCUAAUUAUGUUCCGCUACAAUUCAGAACGUUCAUGGGACUUUGAUCUCCUUUAUGAGACACCGUCACCGUCAAAUAUUUGUAAGCUAAAAAACUUGCAAGUGUUGUAUCUAGAAGCAGGGAUGUUGAAAGAAGCGAGGAACAUGGCCCAACUCACAACUCUUGUCAUUACGAAGGUGAGAAAAACAGAUGAGGAAAACUUGUGCAUCUUAGUCGAAAAUAUGAAACUUCUUCGCAGCUUAUUCGUGAGGGUAAUUGAGGAAGAAGAACACCUUCGAAUGGAUGCACUCUCCUCAGCUCCGCCCCGUCUUAGCAGGCUUGUUUUAUUUGGAAAGCUGAAGAAGGUGCCGCAUUGGAUUCACUCACUCCAAAACCUCACAUUUUUGUGUUUGCUUUGGUCCAGGCUGAGAGAAGACCCACUUCCAUACAUCCAAGCACUGCCUAAUUUAGGGAAGCUUGUGCUUCACAAUGCCUACAUGGGAACGCAUUUAUGCUUCGAUACAGGUUUCCACAAGCUUAAAUUUCUAUUCUUGGUAUAUCUCCCUCAACUGAGUGAGAUAACAAUAGAGAAGGGAGUGAUGCCAGGUCUCCAACACCUGACUCUACGUGCAUGUGAGGGGUUGAAGAUGUUGCCUUAUGGUGUCGAAUAUCUCAUGCAUCUCCAAGAAUUGAUUUUGGAAAUAGUUCUGCGUGAGCUCAUAGAUCGAAUACGUGGAGAAGAGAGCGUGGAUCGCCCAAAGGUUAGACACAUCCCCGUGAUCAAACAUAUCUUCCAGUCCCAAAACAAACGGUUUUAUGAAAUCUUGUCCUGAUUUGAUCUACUGCAAGAAGGUAACACGUUUUCGUUUUGCAUGUUAUGUGUUUCAUUAAAAAUCAGUAUCCAUUUCUUUCCUUAUUGUCCCCUGUAUCAUUUGGACAUAACUUGUCUUGGUACUACGUCCAUCUCAUGCAUGAAGGUAACUAAAACUUUUGUGUCACUCUGUACGUGAACUAGCUUGUAGUUUCUUAAAUCAAUCACUGAGUGGGUUUUCUUACAAGUUUGUGACAUAUUUAUAAUCAAAUACUCAUUGUGGAUUGUUCUUA